AAAAAGGUCGGCGUUGCGUCCUCCGUUAUAAAGAAGUAUUGGUUGCUUUCAGCUACUUCACACCCGUUACUUCCUCCCCAGAUCUAGAUCUCAUCUCUCACACGCAGACUCUCCUCCCUUCCCUCCUCUCCUCUGCUCCCUCUCCUAUGGCCUCCACUCUCGUGAUUGUCAUCGUCUUAAUCUUCGACAUCAUCGCCUUCGGCCUUGCCGUCGCCGCCGAGCAGCGGAGAAGCAAGGCCCAAGUGCUUCCUGAUGCAGAAAAGUACUACACAUAUUGCGUCUAUGGCUCCGACAUUGCGACGGGCUAUGGUGCUGGCGCUUUUGUCUUCCUUUUCUUGAGCCAACUUCUGAUCAUGGUGGUCAGUAAGUGUUUCUGCUGCGGCAGGUCGUUGAGGCCCGGUGGAUCCCGCGCUUGUGCCGUGCUUUUGUUCAUAGCUUGCUGGUUUACAUUCAUCAUCGCGGAGAUGUGUCUGCUGGCUGCUUCUGUGCAGAAUGCCUACCACACCAAGUACAGGGCCAAGUUCAACAUCGACAAUCUCUCCUGUGAAACCAUCAGGAAGGGCGUCUUUGCAGCAGGCGCAGCCUUCACCUUCUUCACCUGCAUCCUCAGCGAGAUAUACUACAUCACUUUCUCUAAGGCCAAUGCAAACCCUUACCAUGGCGGCGAGGCCGGCGUGGGCAUGAGUAGCUACCGUUGACAUAUGCUUCGGCUCUCACUCAUAGAUCUCUUGUAUUGCAGUAGUCGACUGCAGAAUGUGUGAUUGGAUCCCCUCGGUUUUUCUGUUCAUUGGCUGCACUGUUGGUUGCAUCAUAGUUGUGAACUGCUAAUUCUCUUUUGUAAGAAAGGUUUAAUUCUUGUA